GACUUGGAGCUGGGGCCCGCACGGCAGCGGCAGCACCCUGAGGACCGGCCCACCAGCCGGCCCGCCAGCACGCCGCCAGCCAUGCCCAGCAAGAAGAAGAGCAAAGAUGGCGACGUGAAAGAGAAUCCAAAGGAAGGCGGCAGCGGCGGAGGUGGCGGAGGAGGCGGCGAGAGGAACGAGAGUGAGACGAUGGAGAUGAAGCUGCCUCCCAACCCGCGGCGUCUCUCCGGCAUCUCCAUCGACAGCGAGGACUCUACCAAGAUGGUGGAGGUGAAGACGGGCUGUUGUGGUAUGGAUCCGACAACCGGCCGAGGGAAGCAGCUCCAUCUGAUCCAGAUGCUGCUGCUCCCCUUCAUUCCCAUCAUGGCGCUCAUCAUCCAGAACGUGGUCAACAUGGUGACCGUGCUCGAGUCGCAGGCGGAUAUGCAGAAGACCAUCGAACAAGUGCAAAUCAGUACCGACCUGGGAAACGUCACUGAAGCACUGCAGUCGGAGCGAGCCGAGAUUGCCUUCUUCCUCUUCACCAACGGCUCUGUGAUCCGGAGAAAUCUCUCCGAGCACUUUCAGUACACUAACCAGCUGAUUGAUAACCUUCAGUGGCCGGAGUUUCGGAUAGAUGACAAGCUAUUCCUGAACAAGUUUUUGUUUCGCAUCAGGCUCGACGACUUUCGAGAUAAAAUUAGAAAGUUUGAUACGCCAUCAAUUGACGCGGGAAUAGCGUUCUACAACCGGGCAAACUACAUCUUUCUCGAUCAGCUCACCCGGGAGAUCAAGGAAAAGGAUGCCAGUGGCGUCUGGCGUCCGCUUCUAGCCUAUAAGAACAUGAUUCGAGCCAUUGAGCAUCUGGGUAUCAGCAUGGUCUUCGGAGAACAAUACUUUGGCAGAGGCGACCUCGACCAGAGUAGCUACAUUGAGUUUGUCACCAACGACGCCCUCGGCCAGGAUUUUCUCAACAGCAGUCAAAACUUCGCCUACUGGAUCAAAGAUCGAUACGUCCAGCUACAGAGCAUGUACCCCUGGUACUCCAACAUCACCCGACGUCGCCACGAGAUCCUUCUCAGAGAGAAGAUCGAACCCGACUUCGAGAAGGCCACCGAGUACUUUUACGCCAUGCUGGGCUAUCUAGACGCCCUGAAAACCAUCCAGUACGAAAUCAGACACGAGGUGGAGAACACUAUACGGGAGGGCGUGCGAGCGCUCAACUCUGAGGUGGUUGUCGGCCUGGCGCUGCUGGUUAUCGUGCUGCUCAUCUCCCCCAUCAUCAUCCUGUUGGUGCGCAUGGUCACCAGGACGCUGCAGGCCUUUUCGGAAACACUUCUGGAGAAGACACAUGAGCUUAGCAACGAGAAGAAGCGAUCCGACAAGCUGUUGUACCAGAUGUUGCCGCCAACGGUGGCGCAGCAGCUGAGACAGAGGAAACAGGUGUCCACGGAGGUGCACGAGUCGGUCACUGUCUACUUCAGCGACAUCAUCGGCUUCUACGAGCUCGCCGCCGAGAGCACUCCUCUGCAGGUAAUUUCGCUGCUGAACGUCAUCUACAAGAUGUACGACUCUCAGAUCGACUGUUAUGACGUGUACAAGAUCGACACCGUGGGUGACGCCUACAUGGUCUCCAGCGGUCUGCACAUGAGGAGACCAGACACCAACCACGCGGCAGAGGUGGCCCACAUGGCGCUGGACCUACUCACCGGUACUGAAAACUUUGUCAUCCCGCACAUGCCCGGGGAGAAACUGAAAAUACGGAUCGGCAUCCACACGGGACCGGUGGUGGCCGGCGUGGUGGGCACCAAGAUGCCGCGCUACUGCCUGUUUGGAGACACCGUGUCCACGGCCUCACGACUGGAAUACACCGGACAGCCGUUCAAGAUCCACAUCUCGAGCGCCACCCGCAGCAUGCUGGAGCCCACCCAGGGCGGUUUCAUUGUGGUCCCGCGCGGGGAGGUGGAUGUUCACAGGAACAAGCCGAAGAUGGAGACGUUCUGGCUGGUGGGUCGCCACAACGACACGAAGAAGCGCAAGGAGAAGUUGGACCAGGAGAGCGUCAGCAAGGGCACCAGCGGCAGGAAAAAGAGGGGAAACCCUUCAGUCAUCAAGAAAAUCCUCUGCAAAUAGUCGCACUUACCUGUGGCGAGCGAUUCGCGGAACUACCAUUGCCGCCUGGUGCGAGUAGGGCUACUGCCAUCUAGGGCUACUGCUGCUGCUGUCACUACCACUGCUGCUCCUGUCGUUUCUGGUAGUGAUGGUGGUGGCGAUGUGGUCGAUAAUGAUGGUACUUCUGCUGCCAGUGUGCGCAGAGGCCACAGUGACGAGACAGAUUCCGUCGCGGAGCUGCGAGUGUGGUUCGAAAUGGACCGUGAAAACCCGGCAGAGACCAGAGUGUCCUAGUCAAUGUGAGCGCACUGUGGAGAGCUAUGGGCUGUUGUGCACUGAAUACAGACCGAAAUAAACUGAAGAUUUAGAUGGCAUA